UAUUAAGAAAAAUAACUAAUUUGACAUUUGUAUUCACCUUCAAUUUCUCUUGGUUUCCUUCUCAAACAAACCUUCGUUAUGGACUCUGCUCCCUUCUAAAUCACAGAGACACACCUAUACACUCUCUAUCCAAAGCAAACUUCCCCUCCUAGUAGAAUGAAAAAAUCAUUAAAGUUUAAAAUCGUCUUAUAUUUUCUCAUCAUCACAGCGUCUUUUGGAUUCCGUGUUGUCAGUUGCUUGAUACACGUGUUUUCGUGGCUCCCAGCUUUUCAUGCGUCCUAAAGUAUCUUUCCAGGAUUGUAACGAAUAGCGGUGACGAAAAGUACUCUAUGUUCAGACAUCAAUCAUGGAGUUAGAGGACACCGUAAGGACCAUAGGAACGGCUACCACAGGCGUGGUUACGGAGUAUGACAAACGACACUAGAUGCUCCGAGUUCAAGGGCAGACGGCUCACAGAAAGGAAGCAAAAUGUUGUGGCACUAGGAAAGACAAGCCUGUGGGGUUUUUUCAGUCAAAAUCUUGUUGCAGAGAAGAAAUAAAACCCCAUUUUUGUCAUAGAAAAACCAAUAAAUUAGGACCAUGAGGUCCACUUCUUGUAAAAUCCCACAUUCCUGUUGAAUAACAGACACUUGUCCUGAACAAACUUCACGUUUUCUGAGAAAAUAACAUAUCUUCUGACAGCUUUGGUCCGGUGAGAUCAAAUGUCAAAAUGUUCUCAAGUGUCCGUUUCAGAUUUAUGCCUGAGUUCAGCCUUUCGUAGAGAUCUGAUCUUCCAGAAGUUAUUUAUCACAUCUUUCCAAGGCCCUAAAAUAAGUUGCACAGUGUCUGGCAAAGGGAGGGCCGAGUCAAGUGCUAGUCUCAGUUUUGGUUGUGACAACCUGUCAUGUCAACGUGCAUAUGCUGCUCCUGUUGCUGCUACUCUCUGGGGCGUGCUGUGAUCUCACUUUCUCCCCGCCUCCAGCUCUGUGAACAUCUCUCCCUUAAUGGAUCUUACAGUUACCUGCUGUUUGGACUCUGGCGUACCGAUGCAUGGAGUAAAAACGGUUUAACAGUCUUGUCCUGACUGAAAACCAGCUUUGGAAAUGUAUCUGGAAAAUUCUGAGCAAAGUAAAGCCUCUGGAGAAGGAGAGCUGUCUGCUGAAGUCAUCCUUGCUGAACAAUGUGUGAUUCCUAAAGCAACAGAAGCCACUGUUUUCAGUGGUCCUUCAAAGGACAGCGCUGACUUGGGCAUCAAGGUCCUAAUGGCUUACACCGGCCAGAUUUUCAACGGUGAAAUGGACUGUCCUCUCCUUUGUGAGGAAAAUGGCAAUUUGAACACAGGGGAAGCUGAAUCCAGCAUGUACUGUAAUGGACAAGCUGAGAGCUUCAUGCAGCAUCCUGAAAGCAAUGGAUCUUUUGGAUCUGGACAGAUUCUUGAUGAGAGCGGGCCCGUGGAGCUAUGCCAGCCAUUUGACAAACGUGCUCAACACUGUGAGUGUUUUAAACCGUGUGAGUCCUCUGAUAACUGUGCUAAUCAUAGUUUAGCCUCUGAAUGCAGCCUUUGCUGUCCAGAUCACCUCCAGUUAUUCCAGCAAUGCAACCCUGAUAAUCAACCGUCUUCUGAUAGUGAGUCGGAUGAACUGGAGGAGAGUUGUGAAAACUUUAAUUGUGGAAAGGCCAGUAUAACUCCUGAAUGCACGGAUGACUUGGAGUUACUCCAGCAGUACGAGCCCUUGGAUCAGCAGGGGGACUCCUUUGACUAUGAGCAAGACACAUCAACGGAGGACUUAGAGGAAGGCUAUGGACUGAGUUCUGACUCCUUGGAGUCGUUGGACAUGGGUGGCAUGUUGUGGGAUUCUGAAAAAUCUCAGGCUGAUGUAGAAUACACAGAUAAUGAUGUGGAAGAAGAUGACGAGAGCUGUGAAUCAGAACAAAAUGAAGUAAAGACCAGUGAUGAAGACUCUUCCAUGCUACCCGAGGACACCUCCAUCCCAGCUGAUUUUGAUGAUUUUGCCACCUUUGUGAGAGAUUUUGCUGAAACAUGCAUGCACUCUGAAGAAAGCUACCAACCAACUCCCACAACAGAAGUGCUCCUGGAGGACAGCAAGAGUGGAGAUGAUCUUAUCCCAACUGAUCAGAGCGACUGUGAAAGCAACAGCGAAACAUGUGCUGAUGAAGAGGACUGUUUCCAGGACAGCGCCCUUUCAUCUGACUCUUUCUGGGAUUCAUCUGAGGAAUCUGGCAAAGGAGCUCAGGAGGUUUCUUGCGAGGAGCAGGAUGAGGAAAUGCUGCAAAACAACACCAAUGAAACCAAUGAGGAGAAAAAGAACCCAAUCGACUCCAAUGUCAUUAUGGAAGACUAUUUUGACUUGUUCGACAGAGCAGACUCUUACGGACACAUGUAUGCACAAAAGCAUCAUUACAUCUCAUGCUUUGAUGGCGGAGACAUUCACCACCGUUUGCACCUUGAAGAGGAGUCUCAAAGGUGUGAGGUCAAAGCCGCUGGUGUCAAUGACCCAGACGAUGAAGGUAACACUGAAGAAAAUGAUGGAGUUGAUGGAGUUGACCCUAGAGAUCCAGACACAACUGACUUAAGUGAUUCAGAGAAUCAGUUUGAAAACUGGACUGAACAAACAGAUUCAGCAGAAGAAGAAGUUGAAGAAAACCAAGAUGAAGCCUUUGUAUCUAACUCAGAGAACACUGAGGAUGAAGAGGACAAUGAGAUCUUGGAUGAAGUUGAAGCUUGCGACUUUGACGGAAGUGCGUCCGACCUAUAUGAUGAUGAAAGUGAGGUCUGUCUGGACCGUGAAGAGAAAAUGCUUGCACCGUGUGCCAAAGAAAUCUCCAUGGAAGGAGAUGUUUACGAGCUUUCAGAGAGUCUGAAUAACGAGUCUUACGACAAAGCUGAUACAGCGGAGACGAGCUCUGAUCAGGAGGAUAGUGAUGAUUCAGAGCUUGAUGAUAGUUUUUAUCCAACAUGUUCAGAAAUGGAGCCUUACUGGGCGCUACUGGAUGGUGAGGACAUUUGCGAGCCAGACGUGGAGGAAUACUUCGCAUAUCAGAUCAAAAGCUUGCAGACAUCUGGGAAACAAACUCUGUAUGGAUUUAUUUUGGAGACCAAGACUGAAAAAAAUGACAAAAUUGAUGAAGUACUAAGACAAACGGAAUCUCGGGAUUCACUGGUCUUCUUAGAUGAGGACGGAUCAGUCCAAUUUGGAAUAAGUGAGGUGUCGGAGUGGAGCUCCUGCCCUGAGGAAGAAUCCCCUCAUGAAUCAGACGAUGAGUGUGAGCUGAGUGACAUUUCUGGAGAAAUGAACCCCCCACUUGAUAUUAUUCACAGCGUUGUCCUAAAGCAUUCUUAUGAGGCCACACAAAGCAUGGAUACAGACGAGGAGCAGAGUGACGAUGACUCCUACGACCACUGUGAAUGCGAGCGCUGCAUUCCCUCCACACAACAGGUUCAAGCAAAACCACUCCUACCGCAAAUGGAAUCGAGUGAUGCAGGCAAGAUCUGUGUGGUCAUUGAUCUCGAUGAAACUCUGGUACACAGCUCAUUCAAGCCGAUGAAUAACCCAGAUUUUAUCAUUCCAGUGGAAAUUGAAGGAAAACUCCACCAGGUGUAUGUCCUCAAGAGGCCACAUGUCGAUGAGUUCCUCAAGAGGAUGGGAGAAUUGUUUGAAUGUAUUCUGUUCACUGCAAGCUUAUCAAAGUAUGCAGAUCCUGUGUCAGACAUGCUGGAUAAAUGUGGAGCCUUCAAGAACCGUCUCUUCCGAGAAGCGUGUGUCUUCCAUAAAGGGAACUACGUGAAAGACCUGAGCCGUUUAGGGCGGGACCUCAACAGGGUCAUCAUCAUAGACAACUCCCCAGCUUCCUACAUCUUCCACCCUGAAAAUGCAGUUCCUGUGGAGUCCUGGUUUGAUGACAUGUCAGACACGGAGCUCCUGGAUCUCAUCCCCUUCUUCGAGAAGCUUAGUAAAGAAGGGGGCAUCUAUGAUAUUCUGAAGGAGCAGAGGAUUUCCAGUUAACAAACGCAGGACACCUGGAGGAAGAAGAUCUCCAGUGACCGUCGUCACGGGGCCAUGGAGGAUGUGAGCCGCAGGCUCCAUUGUGCUUCCCACCACAAGGACCACUUAAAAAAAUAACAAUAGAAAAUAUAUAUAAAAAAGAUGUGAUACCAUGUUUUUACAUUAUACUAUAUACCUUUUUAAAUUGUUUGGGAUGUUAGAUCUGCACUUUAACAUGAAGCUACUGAGCUGGUGUGGAAAAAUUUCAAAUCUUUUGCAGUAAUAGUUGGUGAUUUAGCGAGUAUGACGAUGAUGCAGUUGCCACGACAACGGGGAAAGUCUACUGCAAAGCUAGCUUUGAACAUGACAUUUGUAUAGCAACAUUAUUUUAGGAGUUUAGAAAACUAACAAGCUCAAGCAAAGACAAAACAGAGUUCUGAAGAUGUAUUUUAAUUUGUGUUUUACCAAAUCUGGCAACACAGUUGUGCUUUAUGUUUUUAAAAAUGUAAUCAAGCUUAUAUCUGGCAUCGAAAAAAGUUUUUGCAUCUUGAGGGACUGAUACAAUUUUUUUGAUCAAGUAAAAUCAAAACACAAAAGCUCGGUUGCUGAGGUCUACUGUAGUCCUUUCAAAAUAAGAGCGUCACAGAAAGCAUCUGACUUGAUCUUUAAAACACAAAAAUGUUGCAGUGGAAAAGGGGGCACUUGUAUUUUUAUGUACAUAUCUAAAAAUGUUGUGGUUGUUUUGAUUUGUUUUUUUCUUUUGGAAUGUUGGAACCAUCUCAUGCUUUCACUUGUUGGUUGUAUUGCCAACUCAGUGUGGAGCAGCAAUGUUUCCUGAGCUCAUAAGGAGGCUGUAAGCUUUUUACUGUGUUUGAGGCGUUUUGAAGUUUAUGACAAACAUAAGCUGUUUCACAGGUUCGCACAUGCUUUGAGUCCUGAUUUAAUGUCUUUAGUUUGUUUCCAAAAUGCUUUAGCUGUAGCGUAUGGACAUGUGUGAACAAAUGACUUGUUUAAAAAAAGAAAGGAUAUUUGUGUUUUUUACUGUUUUUGUGACUUAAA